AUGGAGUCUGCAGCCUUCACUGGUAGCAACUCUGGGAUCCAGAAUGGAAUCAAUUAUGGCACCAUUACUAUGAACGUCCCACCCCCAAAGGGUUAUGGAGACCUCGAUGAGAGUGCUUGGAAUGCUCUUGAGUUAAUGAUCAAGUGUGAGCGACUUCGCCAGGAGCUUCAGGGCACCGAUGACACUGAAAGGAUUCUGUAA